GAAAAGACUCGCAGACUCGCAGUAGUAGAAGUAGCAGAUCUCGAGAGGGAGCGAUAAGGAGAAAGGAGCUUUUGUUGCAGUGAUCUUUUUGGGGGGCAUCGAUAGGGAGCAAUAGCAGAAGAAUAAAAAGGAAAAAAAGUGGAAAAAAUAAUCGAAAGGGAGAGAAGGAAGCAGCAGAAACAAGAACGGGAGAAAAAGAAAGCACUGCGAAUACAACAAAACCCAGUUUUCCUCUCCGACUGUAGAAGGGAAAUAAACAAGGGAAAAAAGGAAGCAAGAGAAAAAAAGUUAUUAUACAUAGGGGAGGAAGAUAGAGAAGGCGAAGCAAUUAGGAAUAGUAUUUUCACCCAAAGCCAAAAGGUGUCUCAAAAAUGGGUACUGGUUGGCGAAGAGCAUUUUGCUCAUCGAUUCCUCGAGACAGAGAAAACGCCAUCGCAGAGAAGCAUCUCAGCAGUAGCAAUACAAGCCCCAGUCCCAGUCCCAGAAGCUGUUACAAAUUGGGAGGUUUUCUCUCAGGCGGUAGCAACCCUUCAACUCCGCGUUUGCAGUCUCAAACCGUUUCAAGCCCAAGCUUGCGCUGCCGAACGACGUCUGCUACUGCUUCGACUCCCUCUGUUCAUGACAGCCCCCGACUCCAAUGCAAGACAACAGUUACUGAUGCUGCCGAAGCGAUGAAGAAGAGCCCUAGCUUUUUCCAAGGCUCGAAUCCGUCGUCUCCUCGAUCGCCUUUGGGAUUUUCCCUUCUCAAGGCCAGGUUACGACUCUCUAGGAGUAGCUGCGGGAUAUGCUUACAAAGUGUGAAGACAGGCCAGGGAACAGCAAUAUUCACGGCGGAGUGUUCUCAUGCUUUUCACUUCCCCUGCAUAGCAGGGCACGUUAAGAAGCAAGGCAGCCUCGUCUGCCCAGUCUGCAACAUCAGCUGGAGAGAAGUACCUUUGCUGGCGAUCCACAAGAAUGGAAUGCCACCUUCGAUUUCCAUUGAAGAAAGCGAACUAAACCACAAGGAGCACAAUAGAGGAGGGACCAAGGAGGAGAAGAGAGGAGAAAGAGAACCUUCUUCUCUUCCAUACAUCAAUACAAAUCAAGAUCAGAAAUCGAAACCGUCGGAUCCUAGGGCUUACGACGAUGACGAGCCGUUGCUGUCCCCAACAGCUGGUGGGCGUUUCAUUCCGAUACCCGAGGCGGACGAGGACGGGGAAGAAGAGCCAGAGGACGAAAUCGAGGAGUUUCAAGGUUUCUUCCCUUCUUCUACCAUAAAGACCACCACCAAAGGGGCCACGACCAACGGCAAAGAUGCGAGGAACGUGGAGGUGAAAUUGCUCCCAGAAGCCGCGGUGAUCUCAGUGGGGCGGAGCCACGAGACUUAUGUAGUGGCAGUGAAGUUAAAGGCUCCACCACCCCCGGCGCGCAGUAACACGACGGCGCCGCUGCUCGACCCUUCGCGCCGCGCGCCUAUCGAUCUGGUGACGGUGCUUGACGUCAGCGGGAGCAUGACCGGCGCUAAAUUGCAGAUGCUGAAGCGCGCCAUGCGACUGGUCAUCUCCUCGCUCGCCUCUUCUGAUCGGCUCUCCAUCGUGGCUUUCUCGGCAAGCACCAAAAGGUUACUGCCCUUGAGGAGGAUGACACCUCAGGGCCAGCGCUCGGCGCGGCAUAUCAUCGACCGGCUCGUCUGCGGGCAGGGAACUAGCGUCGGUGACGCUCUGAGGAAAGCCACCAAGGUACUGGAGGAUAGGCGGGAGAGAAAUCCGGUGGCUAGUAUCAUGCUCCUAUCGGACAGCCAGGACGAGCAGGUCUCUACGAAGGUAGCCAAUCGACGGUGUCCAUCCUCCCAAGUGUCAUCCACACGAUUUGCUCACCUCGAGAUCCCAGUACAAUCGUUCGGCUUCGGAGAAAAUGGCGGGCAGGAGCCAUCUGAAGACGCCUUCGCGAAAUGCGUGGGUGGGCUAUUGAGCGUGGUGGUACAGGAUCUGCGGCUCCAGAUUGGCUUUUGUUCUGGCUCUGCUCCGGCAGAGAUAACAGCCGUAUAUUCCUGCAGUGGGAGGCCGACGUUGCUGGGGUCGGGGAAGGUGCGGGUUGGAGACCUGUACGCGGAGGAGGAGAGGGAGCUACUGGUGGAGAUGAGAGUUCCGGCGGCGGCCAUCGGGGCCCACCACGUGAUGACAGUGCGGUGCUGUUACAAGGACCCCGCGAGUCAAGAGAUGAUGUACGGGAGAGAACAAUCGCUGUUGGUACCAAGGGCUCACGCGAUACGGUCGUCCGCACCAAAGAUCGUGAUGCUGCGGAACCAAUUCGUGACUACGAAGGCUGCGGCGGAGGCUAAGCGGCUGGUGGAGCAGAAUGAGUUAUCUAGUGCUCACCACCUAUUGGCUUCCGCUCGGGCAUUGUUGAUGCAGUCGUCGAGCUCGAUUUCUGUGGAUGAGUAUGUGCGGGGGUUGGAAGUGGAGCUGGUGGAGCUACAGCGGCGGAGACAGCAACAAGAUAAUCAGAUCCAACGGCGGAGGGUAGAAAGGGAGACGCCGCCGGCUUAUUUGGAUGAGAAUGGGGAGCCGCUGACGCCAACAUCGGCUUGGAGAGCGGCGGAGAGGCUUGCAAAGGUGGCAAUAAUGAGGAAGUCAUUGAACAGAGUCAGCGAUUUACACGGCUUCGAGAACGCAAGAUUCUAAAGGUGUCUGAUCCCAAUCCUCUUAUAAUUAAUUUUCAAAUUAAGAGAAAAAAAAAAAGAAAAAUAACAGAAAGAGAGAGAGAGAAUAACAAACAAAUGAUAUAGAGAGGCCCAGCCCAUCAUGAGUCCAUGAGAGACAAACAGUACUAGACGGAUCGGCCCUUUCAAAGAUCUCUUUCGAUUUUUCCAUGAUGAUGAUGAUGAUGAUGAUGAUAUGAUGAUGAUGAUUGGAAAGGCAAAGAAACACAAUUACUAGGGUGACUAAAGACCUAACGGGAUAGGAGGUAGAUUUUUUCUUUCUUUCUUUUUUUUUUUGGCGUGGGAGUGAGGGGAAGCGGGUAGGUGGGGAAUGUUAUUGUGUAAAUGCAUGCAUGUAUGUAUCGGAUAGGACUAUCUCUUAAUUAAGAUUUCUUUUUUUUAUUGAAAGGAUUUAGAGUAUGUGAGUUGUUCCCUCACUUUGGUGAUUAUUUUGUUCUGCACAAAAUUAAUAUGCACUAUGUGAACAAUUUUA